UGCUGGGAGGUGCGGAAACGUAACAGCUCCGAGUGGUGCCGCUUCGUCCGGAGCAACCCCGACUGCCGGCUGGAGGGCGGCUUCCUCGACUACAUCGAGGGGGUCUUCUGCGUCUUUCCCCCCCGGCUGCUCCCCCUGGCCGUCACCCUCUACGCUCUCUGGCUGCUGUACCUGUUCAUCAUCCUCGGCGUGACGGCGGAGAAGUUCUUCUGCCCCAACUUAUCGGCCAUCUCCACCAACCUGAAGCUGUCUCACAACGUGGCUGGUGUCACCUUCCUGGCCUUUGGCAACGGGGCACCGGAUGUCUUCAGCGCCGUGGUGGCUUUCUCCAACCCGCGGACAGCGGGGUUGGCCAUCGGGGCCAUCUUUGGUGCCGGCGUGUUUGUGACCACGGUGGUGGCCGGGGGCAUCGCCCUGGUGAAGCCCUUCACGGCCGCUUCCAGAGCCGUGUCGGUGACUGCAGCCCCAUGCGAGGAGUACCGUCCCCUGCUCCCCACCCGUGAGACCUCCCUGCGCAUCCUCACCACCGCCCUCAGCCCCUUGGACUACCGCAAGUGGAGGAGGAAGCCCUGGUACUGGCGUGUCUUCAAGGUCUUCAAGGUGCCGGUGGAGCUGGUGCUGCUGCUCACCGUUCCUGUGGUGGACCCUGACAAGGACGACCUGAACUGGAAGAGACCCCUCAACUGCCUGCACGUCCUCACCAGCCCCCUGCUCUGCGUCCUCACCCUGAAGUCGGGCGCCUAUGGGCUGUACCAGAUCCAGGGCAUCUUCCCAGUCUGGGGACUCAUCACACUGGUUGGCUCUGUCCUGGCCAUCAUCAUCUUCAUCACCACAAGCAAUGAGGAGCCACCCAAAUACCACUGCGUAUUUGCCUUCCUGGGGUUUUUGGCCAGUGCCAUGUGGAUCAACGCCGCGGCCACGGAGCUGGUGAACAUCCUCCGGACCCUGGGCAUCAUCUUCCAGCUGAGCAACACCGUGCUGGGCUUGACGCUGCUGGCCUGGGGCAACAGCAUCGGUGACACCUUCUCCGACCUCACCAUGGCACGGCAGGGCUAUCCCCGCAUGGCCUUCUCCGCCUGCUUCGGGGGCAUCAUCUUCAACAUCCUGGUCGGCGUGGGACUGGGCUGCCUGCUGCAGAUGACCAGCAGCCAGCUGGUGGUGAAGCUGGAGCCCGACAGCCUCCUGGUCUGGAUCCUCGCCGGGGCCCUGGGGCUGAGCUUGGUCUUCUCCUUCGUGUCGGUGCCCGCCCAGUGCUUCCAGCUGGGCAAGGCGUACGGCGUCUGCCUCAUCCUCUACUACCUGGCCUUCCUCUGCGUGGCCCUGCUCACCGAGUUCAGGGUGAUCCGUCUCUCCGCCAUCUGACCGGUCCCACCGCCGG